UCUGGCGCUCCAGGGUGGCGGGAAACGUACUACCCUGCGCGUGAGCGGCUCUGGUUCCGCGGGGAUCUUGAAGACCGGCGGGGAGCGGGCCUUGUCAUUUCUGUCCCUUGGCUUCACCUACCUUACCUCUAUUGGCUGGUCCACUAAUGCAGUUUUGUACAUGAUGAAUUGUGAACUUCUAGCCACAUGUAGUGCCCUUGGGUACUUGGAGGGAGACACCUACCACAAGGAGCCAGAUUGCUUAGAGAGCAUAAAGGAUUUGAUCCGCUACUUGAGGCAUGAGGAUGAGACAAGGGAUGUGCGGCAGCAGCUGGGGGCAGCACAAAUCCUGCAGAGCGACCUUCUACCCAUCCUUAUCCAGCACCGCCGGGACAAGCCUCUCUUUGAUGCUGUUAUCAGGUUGAUGGUGAACUUGACACAACCAGCUUUGCUCUGUUUUGGCGGCGUACCCAAGGAGCCUAACUUCCGGCACCACUUUCUGCAGGUGCUGGUGUACUUGCAGGCCUACAAAGAGGCCUUUGCCAGUGAGAAGGCUUUUGGAGUCCUUAGCGAAACCUUGUAUGAGCUGCUGCAGCUGGGCUGGGAGGAACGGCAGGAAGAAGACAAUUUGCUGAUUGAGCGGAUCCUGUUGCUGGUCAGGAAUAUUCUCCAUGUCCCAGCUGACCUUGAUCAGGAGAAGAGGAUCGACGAUGACGCCAGUGUCCACGACCGGCUUCUCUGGGCAGUUCACCUCAGUGGCCUGGAUGACCUGCUCCUCUUCCUGGCCAGCUCACCUGCGGAGCAGCAGUGGAGCCUACAUGUGCUGGAGAUCAUCUCCCUCAUGUUUCGUGACCAGAACCCUGAGCAGCUGGCGGGAAUAGGGCAGGGACGCUUGGCUCAGGAGCGGAGGGCAGCUAUGGCAGAACUGGAGGUGUUGCGCCAGCGAGAGAUGGCAGAAAAGAAAACCCGAGCCCUCCAACGAGGCAACAGGCAUUCUCGAUUUGGGGGCUCCUAUAUUGUGCAGGGCUUGAAAUCCAUUGGGGAGAGGGACCUCAUCUUUCACAAAGGCCUCCACAAUCUCCAAAACUACAGUUCUGAUUUGGGAAAGCAGCCGCGACGGGUGCCUAAACGUCGCCAGGCUGCCCAGGAGCUGUCCAUCCAGCGCCGCUCUGCUCUCAACGUGAGGCUCUUCCUCAGAGACUUCUGCUCUGAGUUCCUGGAGAACUGUUAUAACCGGCUCAUGGGCUCAGUGAAGGACCACCUGCUUCGGGAGAAGGCUCAGCAGCAUGAUGAGACCUACUACAUGUGGGCCUUGGCUUUCUUCAUGGCCUUCAACCGAGCUGCCUCCUUCCGGCCAGGCCUGGUCUCCGAGACCCUCAGCGUCCGCACCUUCCACUUCAUUGAGCAGAAUCUAACCAACUACUAUGAGAUGAUGCUGACUGACCGCAAGGAAGCCGCCUCCUGGGCACGCCGGAUGCACCUGGCUCUGAAGGCCUAUCAGGAGCUGCUGGCCACAGUGAAUGAGAUGGACACGUCCCCAGACGAGGCUGUGAGGGAGAGCAGCCGCAUCAUCAAGAACAACAUUUUCUAUGUGAUGGAAUACCGAGAGCUCUUCCUGGCCCUCUUUCGAAAGUUUGAUGAGAGAUGCCAGCCUCGCUCUUUCCUUCGGGACCUGGUGGAAACCACCCACCUCUUCCUCAAGAUGUUGGAGCGGUUCUGUCGGUGCCGUGGGAAUCUGAUGGUGCAGAACAAACGAAAGAAGAGAAAGAAGAAAAGGAAGGCCCUAGACCAGUCUGUUGCUUCUGGUAAUGUUCCCUGCAGCCCAGAGGAACUGGAGGCUGUGUGGCCAUCCCUAGCCGAGCAGCUACAGAGUUGUGCCCAGGAUCCUGAGCUCAGUUUGGACUCCAUGGUUCCCUUUGAUGCGGCCUCAGAGGUGCCAGUGGAAGAGCAGCGGGCAGAAGCCAUGGUGCGGAUCCAAGACUGUCUUCUGGCUGGCCAGGCCCCACAGGCUCUGACCCUCCUGAGGUCUGCCCGGGAGGUGUGGCCAGAAGGAGAUGUGUUUGGCUCUCAAGACAUUUCCCCAGAGGAGGAGAUCCAGCUACUGAAGCAAAUCCUCUGGGCCCCGCUUCCCCGGCAACAGGGGCCAGAGGAACAAGGGGUGGAGGAAGAAGAUGAAGAAGAGGAGGAGGAGGAAGAGUUGCAAGUGGUGCAGGUGUCGGAGAAAGAAUUUAACUUUCUGGACUACCUGAAACGCUUUGCAAACUCAACUGUUGUCCGCGCCUACGUGCUGCUGCUGCGGAGCUACCAGCAGAAUAGCAUGCACACCAACCACUGUGUUGUCAAGAUGCUGCACCGGCUGGCCCAUGAUCUCAAAAUGGAAGCCCUCCUUUUCCAGCUUUCCCUCUUCUGCCUCUUCAAUCGUCUGCUUAGCGACCCUGCCGCCGGUGCCUACAAAGAACUAGUGACUUUUGCCAAAUACAUCCUGAGCAAGUUCUUUGCAUUGGCCGCAGUCAACCAAAAAGCCUUUGUGGAGCUGCUGUUCUGGAAGAACACAGCUGUGGUUCGAGAAAUGACUGAGGGCUAUGGCUCCCUGGAUGGCGGAUCUUCUGGUCGCAGACCUCCAGUGUGGAGCCCAGAGGAGGAGGCCCAGCUUCAGGAAUUGUACCUUGCCCAUAAGGAUGUGGAAGGUCAGGAUGUGGUGGACACCAUCUUGGCACACCUGAAAACCGCUUCUCGGACACGCAAACAGGUCAUCCACCAUCUGGUACGGCUGGGACUGGCUAACAGCGUCAAAGAAUUCCAGAGGAAAGGAACCCAGAUUGUAUUGUGGACGGAAGAUCAGGAGCUGGAGCUGCAGCGGCUUUUUGAGGAAUUCCAGGAUUCAGAUGAUGUCCUCGGUAAUAUCAUGAAGAACAUCACAGCCAAACGCUCCCGGGCCCGAAUAGUGGAUAAACUGCUGGCUCUGGGGCUGGUGGCUGAGCGGCGGGAGUUGUACAAGAAACGCCGGAAGAAGUUGGCGCCCUCGAGCUUGCCUAACGAAGAAGAGUCCCUGAAUGACUUUGACCAGGAAGGUCUAGGAGAAGAGGAAAACAUGCCAGAGGAAGACAGCGAAGAGGAUGAAGAGAAAGAGGACAGCUCAGAAGCAGAACAAGCCCAAGGUGGCUCUUUCCUUUCAGCUCAGAACCUUGGGCAAAGCCUGCAUCAGGAAGGCUUUUCUGCUCCCCUCCUCUGGCUCCAGAACUGCCUGAUCCGAGCUGCAGAUGAUCGGGAAGAGGUUGGCUGCUCCCAGGCAGUUCCAUUGGUGCCACUGACGGAGGAAAAUGAGGAAGCCAUGGAAAGUGAACAGUUUCAGCAGCUGUUGCGAAAGCUAGGGGUUCGGCCUCCUGCUUCCGGGCAGGAAACCUUCUGGCGAAUUCCAGCCAAGCUAAGUCCCACCCACCUCCGGAGGGUGGCAGCUUCUUUGAGUCAACCAGAGGAGGAAGAAAAGCUUCAGCCAGGACUAGAACCUAAGGUCUCCGGAGAGCAAGAAGCUGACAAGGAGCAACAGAAGGAGCACCGAGCACAAGCCCUGAGGGCCCUCCUGUUAGCCCGGAAAAAGAAAGCGGGCCUGGCGUCCCCAGAGGAGGAAGGAACUGAUGGUGGGAAAGAGCAGCUGAAAUUGGCCCCCAAGAAGCAACAGCUGCUGGACAGCGAUGAGGAGCAGGCAGAAGAGGAGGGUGAGAGCAAAGUGCCGGAGUUGGGAGCUUCAGGAAUCCCAAAGAAGAAACGAUUUCAGAUUGAGGAAGAUGAUGAGAGCGACUGAAGUGCCAGAUGCCCAGGAGAAGUAACAGACCCGUUUUUAGGUGGUGAAUUUGAACCUGAGUUUGGAGGGUCAUGCAGGACCCAGAAACUCCCCUUGCUGGACAGAAGCCGUGGAAGCCUGGGCUUCCCCAUGGAUUCCCAGAUCCAGGAAUUUCAGGCAACAGUGUCGGCCUCCUGUUGAGUCACUUAUUGCUUCUCCCAAUUUUAUCACUGUGCCUCAGUAGCUCUCUGGAGACUUACUCUUCUCCUUCUAGGAGCCCCCUUUCUUUGGGUUAGUAGCACCCGCUGGCAAAUGAGGAUGAGUGCAAUAUGGAAGGCACUUUGGACCCUUCUUAUUGGACUGUUCCUUUUGGCUUUUUGAUGGAGGUGGAUCACAGCACUAGAUGGAGGGUUUUGUGACAUGAUGGGUGGGGAUGUUGCACAGUUUUUAGAAGGCACCAGAUGCUCCCAUUCUCAUUUUCUUUCUUAUGAUCACCUACUAAACACCAGGUUGAGCCCAGUUCCUACAGUUGAAGUAGUGUUGGAAGGCAGUACUCUUCAGAUGAAGAAUGUGCUUUUGUGUUUGGUAUUCAAUUAAACACGUAAAAUUAAAAGUU